GCGGAAGCUGGGGCGGCUCGCGGCCGGCGGUUGCCCAGCGGACCCGGACGCCGCUGGACCCCGAGCCCUCCGCCCGGCGCCCGCUGCCGGCCGCCGCCAUGUCGCUGCUGCAGUCUGCGCUCGACUUCCUGGCGGGCCCGGGCUCCCUGGGUGGCGCUGCCGGCCGCGACCAGACUGACUUCGUGGGGCAGACGGUGGAGAUGGGCGAGCUGCGGCUGCGGGUGCGGCGCGUCCUGGCCGAGGGAGGGUUUGCAUUUGUAUAUGAAGCUCAGGAUCUGGGAAGUGGCAGAGAGUAUGCACUGAAGAGAUUACUGUCUGACGAAGAGGAGAAGAACAGAGCCAUCAUUCAGGAAGUUUGUUUCAUGAAAAAACUUUCAGGUCACCCCAAUAUCGUCCAGUUUUGUUCUGCAGCAUCAAUAGGAAAAGAGGAGUCGGACACGGGGCAGGCCGAGUUCCUGCUGCUCAUGGAGCUCUGCAAAGGGCAGCUGGUGGAAUUUUUAAAGAAAAUUGAGUCUAAAGGUCCGCUCUCGUGCGAUACUGUUCUGAAGAUAUUUUAUCAGACAUGCAGAGCGGUGCAGCACAUGCACAAGCAGAAGCCACCUAUCAUCCACAGAGACCUCAAGGUUGAAAACUUACUACUCAGUAACCAGGGGACCAUUAAGCUGUGUGACUUUGGCAGUGCCACGACCAUAUCCCACUACCCCGACUACAGCUGGAGCGCCCAGCGGCGGGCCCUCGUGGAGGAGGAGAUCACCAGGAACACGACCCCCAUGUACCGGACACCGGAGAUCGUGGACUUGUACUCCAACUUCCCAAUCGGCGAGAAGCAGGACAUCUGGGCCCUGGGCUGCAUCCUGUACCUGCUGUGCUUCCGGCAGCACCCCUUCGAGGAUGGAGCGAAGCUCCGCAUAGUCAACGGGAAGUACUCCAUCCCUGCUGGCGAUACACGCUACUCCGUGUUCCAUGAUCUCAUCCGCGCCACCCUCAAGGUCAACCCCGAGGAGCGUCUGUCCAUCAGCGAGCUGGUGAACCAGCUCCAGGAGAUCGCGGCCGCCCGGAACGUGAACCCCAAGGCACCCAUCACUGAGCUCCUGGAGCAGAGUGGAGGCUACGGGAACGUGGCCCCUCCUGGGGGCCUCACAAGCAGCAGCUGCAGUGGAGGCCUGGCAGUGGCAGAGUACGACCAGCCCUACGGCGGGCUCCUGGACAUCCUGCGGGGGGGCACCGAGCGCCUCUUCACCAACAUCAAGGACACCUCCUCCAAGGUCAUCCAGUCGGUCGCCAAUUACGCAAAGGGAGAUUUGGACAUAUCUUACAUUACAUCCAGAAUUGCAGUGAUGUCGUUCCCGGCAGAGGGCGUAGAGUCAGCCAUCAAGAAUAACAUAGAAGACGUGCGGGUGUUCCUGGACUCGAAGCAUCCGGGCCGCUACGCGGUGUACAACCUGUCCCCGCGCACCUACCGGCCCUCCAGGUUUCACAGCCGGGUCUCCGAGUGCGGCUGGGCCGCCCGGCGGGCCCCAAACCUCCACAGCCUGUACAGUGUGUGCAGAAAUAUGCAUGCGUGGCUGCGGCAGGACCCCAGGAACGUCUGCGUGGUGCACUGCAUGGAUGGGAGAGCUGCCUCUGCUGUGGCUGUCUGCUCCUUCCUGUGCUUCUGCCGGCUCUUCAGCACCGCCGAGGCUGCCGUGUACAUGUUCAGCAUGAAGCGCUGCCCCCCGGGCAUCUGGCCAUCCCACAAGAGGUACAUCGAGUACAUGUGUGACAUGGUGGCGGAGGAGCCCAUCACGCCCCACAGCAAGCCCCUCCUGGUGAAGGCCGUGGUCAUGACGCCCGUGCCACUGUUCAGCAAGCAGAGGAGCGGCUGCAGGCCCUUCUGCGAGGUCUAUGUAGGGGAUGAGCGCGUGGCCACCACAUCCCAGGAGUACGACCGCAUGAGGGAUUUUAAAAUCGAGGACGGCAAAGCGGUCAUUCCCCUGGGCACGACAGUCCAAGGGGACGUGCUCAUUGUCCUCUACCACGCGAGGUCCACCCUGGGAGGACGACUGCAGGCCAAGGUGGCGUCCAUGAAGAUGUUCCAGAUCCAGUUCCACACGGGGUUCGUGCCCCGGAACGCCACUACUGUGAAAUUCGCGAAGUACGACCUAGAUGCUUGUGACAUUCAGGAGAAGUACCCGGACUUGUUCCAAGUGAACCUGGAGGUGGAGGUGGAGCCUAGAGACAGGCCCAGCCGGGAGGCCCCCCCCUGGGAGAGUGCAAACAUGCGGGGGCUGAACCCCAAAAUCCUAUUUUCCAGCCGGGAGGAGCAGCAAGACAUUCUGUCCAAGUUUGGGAAGCCGGAGCUGCCCAGGCAGCCCGGCUCCGCCGCACAGUAUGACGCCGAGGGGCCUCCCGACGCCGAGGCCCCGGGGUCGGAGUCUCCGCACAGCAGCAGCACAGACACCAACCACUUCCUGCACACGCUGGACUGGCGGGAGGACAAAGACUGUGUGAUGAGCCCGGAAGGUCAUCUCGCCAGGGAGGGGCCAUCCAUCGUGACUGAGGAUGGACGUGAGAGCGAGCCGUCCGAUGAGGAAGCCACCACGCUCUCGCCCGAGAGCGGGGACACAGCCGACGAGGACGCAGCCGGCCCAGCCACCCUGCCGGACGACAGUGUGGACCUCCUAGGGCUGCACUCUGAGAUGGGGCCGGCGCCCCCCAUGCAGGCCCACGGCGGCCCCCCCAGCAAUGCGGACCUGCUUAGCUGCCUCCUGGGGGCCCCAGCAGCUGCUCUGGAUGGCGCCCCAGGCGGGCUGCUCGACGGGGACCCACCUCUGCUCCUCACCAGCUCAGCCCCUUCCCCAAGCACAGGGACCACGCAGACCACCGCUCCCGAGGGGCCUGGCCCGGCCGCUGAUCCCUUUGACCCUCUUCUGCUGCCCUCUGACCUGGAAGCCCAGCCCCACCCCAAGCCUGACCUCUUUGGUGAAUUUCUUAAUUCGGACUCCACAGCUGCCCUGCCCACAUCCUUCCCCUCCACCCACAGUGCCCCGCCCCCUGCCUGUAGCUCCAACUUCUUGCAUCUGGGGGAUCUGCCAGCAGAGCCCAGCAGGACGACGGCCUCUGCCCCCAACCCGGACCUGCUGGGAGGGUGGGACGCCUGGGCCGAGGCUCCGGUCCCCACGCCCGCGCCAGCUGCAGAAGGCCCCUUCUUCUCUUCUGGAGCCCAGCCGGCCCCUCCUGGCCCCCCAGCCAGCCUGACCAAGUCUCAGAGCCAGGACCCGUUUGCUGACCUCGGUGACCUCAGUUCCGGCCUCCAAGGCUUGUCCGCUGCAUCUGCUCCUGCAGGCGCCGGUACCAACGCAGCGCCCCCUCCCAAGGCCACCGGCUCCUGGCAUGCAAGUCGGCCCCUGGCCCAGGGCACCCCACGGCCCCCGCAGGCCAAGCCAGCCCCCAAAGCCGCUGUCCCGCCGAAGCCCAGCUACAACACCAGCUUCAGUGUGAUCGGCAGCCGGGAGGAGAGGGGUGUCCGCCCUCCCAGCUUUGGUCAGAAGCCGAGGGUGUCGGAGAGCGACUUUGAAGACCUGCUGUCCGACCAGGGCUUCUCCUCCAGGGCCGACAGGAGGGGGCCCAGGACCAUCGCCGAGAUGAGGCGGCAGGACCAGGCCCGGGACACGGACCCGCUCAAGCUGAAGCUCCUGGACUGGACGGAGGGCAAGGAGAGGAACAUCCGGGCGCUGCUGUCCACGCUGCACACCGCGCUGUGGGAUGGCGAGUGCCGCUGGACGCCCGUGGGCAUGGCCGACCUGGUGACCCCCGGGCAGGUGAAGAAGCAGUACCGCCGGGCCGUGCUGGUGGUCCAUCCGGACAAGGCCCGGGGGCAGCCCUACGAGCAGUACGCCAGGAUGAUCUUCAUGGAGCUGAACGAAGCCUGGGCCGAGUUCGAGAGCCAGGGCUCCCGGCCCCUCUUCUAAGUCAUGCGCUGCUCGGGGCUGCGCCCGCAGCUCAUAGAAUCGAAAGCUGCUGGCUGGACCACAAGGGUCGCCCUGUGGCUGUGGCAGUAUGGACUGGCGUGGCCGCACCCGACAUCAUGCCUGCUGCCCUGGGUGGCCCGGAGCCGCCGCCAUGCCUGGCGGGAGAAGGAAAGCAUUCCAAAAGCUCCGAAUUCUUUCUUUUUCUUUUUUGGUUCUAAAGGAAAAGUGUCGAGUCGCACUUCUCCCACGCGUGUCCCGGUCUGUGGUUUAUUCUGUUCGGUGGCCGUCACCUGAGGGCGCGUCCGCUGGGUAGACCGCGCUGCUCGGCCGUCUUCUUGAGUCCCUCGUGAAUGUUUGCGUCUCCCCUGUAAUCAGCCUGGUGACCAGCUGUACAUAAUUAAACUAUUUUCUGAUGA